CAGCUUUUACAUUUUUUUUGCAUCUUCUUCAUAUAAAAACCCCAAGAACUUUCCUACUUUGACAAAUUUGACUCAAUUCAUGGCCACAAAUAGAAAUCACAAGAAUCCAUGGGGGAAGACAGAAAAUAAGAACAAAUACAGGCCCUCAACUGCAAACAAAAAGUACAAAAGUGAAAGAGAAACGAAACCGCAAAAAUCAACGGCCUAUAUAAACUCCCAAUUUCGCUCCCUUCAAUCUUCAUCUUCUCCAUUCCCUUUCUCUCUCAUCAUCACAAAACCAAAAAAUCAAAAGUAGAGAAAGUCCGACCAAUGGGGAAAUUCGUUGAAUUGUUGGAUGUAGGAGUAAGAAUGGCGGCGAGAUUUCACUCUCACUGUCCUCAAACUGCUCGGCUUUACUACCAUCCUCCAUCCGAUCACGACUCCGACCACCACCAUCACCAACAUUAUUUGCACCAGAUUUUUCAGGCGUACGACGGCGGCCGUCACGGCGGACACUCAACGGAGCUGGUUACGGCAUAUGGAAUGAAGACGAUGGCCACGGAUGGGAGUUUUGAUGCAGAGAAUGUGUUUCAUUCGGCGGAUUUUUGAUGAUUUUGAUUCGAUUUAGGGAUUUUUCUUUUCUUUUUGUGUAAUUUAUGAAUUGUGCAUGCCAUUACACAUGCCAAUCGAUAUGGUGAAAUUGUUAUAAAUAAAGAAUAAAUACAAUUGUUUUAACUGAUGCAAAGAGUUUCAAAUGAAUGGAAGAGUUUCGUUUUGUGGAA